GUCACUCCAUCCUCCUGGUGACACCUGUAAUUGGGUUUCAGUAUCAGCCUAUCAGGGCUCAGUAUGCAGAUGAGGGGGCGGGACUUGUUCUUUAUAACUGCUGCUGCUGAGGAUUUUCUAUCCAGGAUCAGUUCAGAACUGCAGGUCGCUUUAGUUCUCCUCCUAGAGUGGACACGUGUCACCAUGAUGAUCCUUUCAGUCCUGGCUGUGACCCUGGGCCUUGUAGUCGCCUCUCCAAUACCAGACUUCUCUGACCUCGAUGAUGGUUCUGACAUGAUAGACCCCACGAAAGUGGACUUCACAUUUAAGCCGUUUCUAGGUGUCGCCAUCCUGAGCUGGAUGCCGAAGGAAAUAGAACAAGUGAUCGAGGACUUAAGGUCAAAGCUGAUGAAAUCCACACAAGAG